CCCGUAGUUGAUUUGGCCUUCAGUGGCAUCACGCCUUAUGGGUAUUUCUUAAUCAGCGCUUGCAAAGAUGGUAAACCUAUGCUACGCCAGGGAGAUACAGGAGACUGGAUUGGAACAUUUUUGGGUCAUAAAGGUGCUGUUUGGGGUGCAACACUGAAUAAGGAUGCCACCAAAGCAGCUACAGCAGCUGCAGAUUUCACAGCCAAAGUGUGGGAUGCUGUCUCAGGAGAUGAAUUGAUGACUCUGGCUCAUAAACACAUUGUCAAGACUGUUGAUUUCACACAGGAUAGUAAUUAUUUGUUAACCGGGGGACAGGAUAAACUGUUACGCAUCUAUGACUUAAACAAACCUGAAGCAGAACCUAAGGAAAUUAGUGGUCACACUUCUGGUAUAAAAAAAGCUCUGUGGUGCAGUGAAGAUAAACAGAUUCUUUCUGCUGAUGACAAAACUGUUCGACUUUGGGAUCAUGCUACUAUGACAGAAGUGAAAUCUCUAAAUUUUAAUAUGUCUGUUAGUAGUAUGGAAUACAUUCCCGAGGGAGAGAUUUUGGUUAUAACUUAUGGACGAUCUAUUGCUUUUCAUAGUGCAGUAAGUUUGGACCCAAUUAAAUCCUUUGAAGCUCCUGCAACCAUCAAUUCUGCCUCUCUUCAUCCUGAGAAAGAAUUUCUUGUUGCAGGUGGUGAAGAUUUUAAACUUUAUAAGUAUGAUUAUAAUAGUGGAGAAGAAUUAGAAUCCUACAAGGGACACUUUGGUCCUAUUCACUGUGUGAGAUUUAGUCCUGAUGGAGAACUCUAUGCCAGUGGUUCUGAAGAUGGAACAUUGAGACUAUGGCAAACCGUGGUAGGAAAAACAUAUGGCCUUUGGAAAUGUGUGCUUCCUGAAGAAGAUAGUGGUGAGCUGGCAAAGCCAAAGAUUGGUUUUCCAGAGACAACAGAAGAGGAGCUAGAAGAAAUUGCAUCAGAGAAUUCAGAUUGCAUCUAUUCUUCAACUCCUGACGUUAAGGCCUGAAUAUCAAUCAUAUGCUGCAGUUAGUAUACAACUUACGGACUAAAACGAGCAAGCAGAGAAAAGCAUCAGCCUUCCAGAGUUACUCUCUGCUUAAUGCAGAAACAGCAGUAAAUAAUGGGGAAAAUGAAUUAGCUCCAGUGCUGAAACAACUAACUUGGUGUUACCUGUAAGUGAAAACUCGAGUAUCAUAUGAAGGGAGGUGGUUAUCCUCUUGUAGUACAGUGGCCUGUCAUCUUUUUAAUGAAUAUAUACAAGCCAACAUCCAAUUUCUAUUAUCAGUUAGGAUUCUUGUAGCUGUUUAUGUUAUUAUGGAGAAGAAAAAUAUAUUGGCUUAUUUUUUGACUUUCUUCCUUAAAGCAGAAUGCCUUUUUUUUUUUCUUUUUUUUUUUUUUGGCUUUAGUUGUAAAGAAGAGGGAAUACAUGAUAAAGUAACUGGUUUGAUUCCUCUUUCAUUGUACACUGCUUCUGAACAUCUAAUUGUUUUUAGUUGUCUAAAUAAAAUGCCUCUAAAACAAAA